UGGUGCAGCCUGGUGCAGAUCAGGGUGGUUUGGUGCAACCUGGUGUUGACUGGCAUGGUUUGGCACGACCUGGCACAGGUCAAUUUGGUAUGGUGCAACCUGGAACUGGUCAGCAUGUUUUAUUACAGCCUGGGACAGAUCCUCGUGGCUUGGUUCAGCCUGGUACAUAUCCUCCUGGUUUGGUGCAAUCUGGUGUAUAUCCACCUGGUUUGGUGUUGGCUCGUGCUUAUCAGCCUAAUUUAUUCCAAUCUGGUAUCUCUCCUUAUGGUUUGGUUCAACCUGGUACAUAUCCACAUGGUUUGGUGCAAUCUGGAAUGGAUCAGCACGGUUUGAGGCAGCCCAGUGCAGACCAAAAAGACUUGAUAAUACAAAGCACAGGGUUGCGUAGCUUUCCAACGUUCCAGGCAGAUUCUAGGAGCUUGAGAGCACCUCACCCAUAUCAGCACGGUAUGGUACCUCCUGGCCAAGAACAGUAUGGUCGAGUGUCCUCACCACAUACAGACACACAGGGUUUAGUACCACCAGAAACCCGUCAAGAAGCUUUGAUGCGUCCUGGCAUAGAUCAGCAGAGCCCAGCAUCAUUAGGUACAGAGCCUGAUGCCGAUCAGCAAGGACAGCUAUACCCAGGUGCAGUUCAGCCUGGUCAUGUAUAUCCAGCCAGGCACCAGUUGGGCCCAGUGUAUGCAGACUAUGGUGGCCCAGGCUACAUGGGUGUGGAUCCACAUCGCCAGAUAGCUUUGGAUCCAAACAGAACUCCUGCCUUUCCUGCUCAGAGUGACACAGGCCAAGAUAUCACCUCUUUCAGGAGUCGAGACUCCCUUAACUUUCCCCAAGUCUCAUCAGAAGGAAGUGAAUCCAGGAGUGGGGCCCAGAGUGAGCGACGUGAGUCAGUAGAGAGACUGGCUCCAAACUUUCCCAUGGCCCUGGAAACAUUCCGUCUGAUGGGAGAGCUCAUUGGCCUCUAUGUGGAACUAAAGGAAAGGAUGAAGGAUCUGGAUGAGGAGAAAUCUGGCCAAACUGACUUGGAGAAGAUACAGUACCUGUUCACAAUGUUGGUCAAGAAGAUUUUACCUCCUGACCUGGAAGAACAAAUGAAGACCUUAAAGACCUUGACCAAAGAAGUUCGCCAGGAAAAGGCAAAACUGGACAAGAUGCAAAGGCUCCUGGAGGGCGAUGGUGAGGUCCCGGGGAAAGAUCUGAAGACUGGCCAGCUAGGCCUGCAGCUAGGCCUCCUCAGAGUCACCGUGACUGACAUUGAGAAGGAGCUGGCUGAACUGAGGGACAGCCAAGAACAGGGCAAGGCCGCCAUGGAGAAUUCGGUGGCUGAGGCCUCCUUGUUCCUACAGGAUCAGUUGGACAAGCUCAGGACGAUCAUCGAGAAUAUGCUGGCCUCCUCCUCCACACUGCUGUCCCUGAGUAUGACCCCACACAAGUCCCUGACCAACAUAGCACCUGGCCAGAUUCACCCUGAGGCUACCUGCCCUGCUUGCAGCUUGGACCUGAGCCACCAGGUCAGCACGAUGGUGCAACGCUACGAGCAGCUGCAGGAAAUGGUCAACAACCUGGCUGCCUCCCGGCCCUCUAAGAAGGCCAAGCUUCAGAGCCAGGACGAGGAGCUGCUGGGCCGUGUGCAGAGCGCCAUCCUGCAGGUGCAGGGCGACUGCGAGAAGCUCAAUAUCACCACCAGCAACCUCAUUGAGGACCAUCGCCAGAAGCAGAAAGACAUUGAUGUGCUGUACCAGGGCCUGGAGAAACUGGAGAAGGAAAAGGCCAACAGGGAGCACUUGCAGAUGGAGAUUAAUGUGAAAGCCGACAAGAGCGCCUUGGCAUCCAAAGUGAGCCGGGUCCAGUUUGAUGCCACCACGGAGCAGUUGAACCACAUGAUGCGGGAACUCAUGGCCAAGAUGAGUGGGCAGGAGCAGGACUGGCAGAAGUUGCUGGACAAGCUGCUGGCAGAGAUGGACAUGAAGCUGGACCGCCUGGAGCUGGACCCAGUAAAACAGGCGCUGGAGGAUCGAUGGAAGUCGCUUCGGGAGCAGCUCAAAGAGCGCUCUCCCCUCUACCAGGCAGAUGAGGCUGCCGCCAUGCGGAGGCAGCUCUUGGCUCACUUCCACUGCCUUUCCUGUGACCGUCCUCUGGAGACUCCUCUGACUGGACAAAUCAUCCCUAUAACCCCUGUGGGUCAAGCCCUGCCUGGGCACCGUUCCAUCCGCCCCUACACAGUAUAUGAGCUGGAGCAGGUCCGCCAGCAGAGACGCAACCUUAAGCUGGGUAGCACCUUCCCUCGGGGUGAGCAGUCAGCAGUGGAGCGGAGCGUGGGCCGCCUGCGCACCAUGCACUCCAAGAUGCUGCUGGACAUUGAAAAGGUGCAGAUUCACUUCGGAGGCUCGGUGAAGGCCAGCAGCCAGAUGAUCCGUGAGCUGCUGCAGGCCCACUGCCUCAGUUCUCCCUGCUACAAACGGUCCCCUGUUUAUGCCAAUUCCUGGUCACCCACUUCUGCCUGGAUGACCCCAUGCUGUCUGCAUCCCAGGGUGCCUGAUUCUUCAGAUUACACCUACUCAACCAUGUCCAGGCACUGCGGAGGCAGCCACACUCUCACCUACCCCUACCGCCGCCGCAGCCGCCUGCAGCACCUGCCCCAGGGCCUGUAUGCCCCCGAAGAGAUCCAGUUUGCCAUGAAGCAUGACGAGGUGGAUAUCCUGGGCCUGGAUGGCCGUAUUUACAAGGGACGGAUGGAUACAAGACUUCCAGGCAUCCUGACCAAAGAGAAAAUAAUGAAACACAAGCCCAAGCAGUCUCGGCCCCAUGGGCACAGGCAGCAGCCCCUCAGCAACACCAGCCAGCUGCCCUCUCGGCCUCAAAGUGCUCAGACAUCGGCUGCAAGUGCCUCAGCUUCUUCAAAGCAACACAAAGACAGACCUGUGUCCUCAGAGGGCGUCGGAUAUGGCCCACCCACCCAGCCUCGACCUGCAGGGCGGGCCCCGGGGGCUGGAGAUGAACACAGCUCUGCCUUCUGAGGAGGGGCUGGAGGAGCCGACCAGGGGGCCAAGGUCCAGCACAGCUCAAUGAACAGAGCUAUAAAUAAAGUCUGGGAAGGAGGUAGUGUUGGGCUUUCUGGCUCUAUUUUUAGUCUUUUUAGUACUGAGGAUUGAACCAAACACCUUUGCACUGAGCUACCUACCAAUGAAGGUAGCACUGCCUGCUGUCCCUUUAUUAUUACAACAGUUAUUUUAAAUUUUGAAGCAAGGUCUUGCUAAGUCACUAAGUUGCCCAGGCUGGGUUUCAAACUUAACCCUCCUGCCUCAAUCUCCCAAAGUACUGGAAUGACAGGCAAGGGCCACCACACCUGGCUUGAGAUUCCUUUCUGGUCCUGCCUCAGGAAGAUCCUGGAAGAGGAUGGUAUACAGGGAUUCCCAGCUGUGCUCAGAGCAGGUCUGAAGUCUGAAAGAUCUCCUGUCCCACAGGGUCAACAGAUUAAGUGAUUCUCCAAGGAUGUUGGAUUUUGGGG